AUGGCGGAUCGAAGUUUAACAGCUUCCUGGAUUGGCGUGCUACUAUGGCUUGGCAGUGUGCUCAUUGCCACUGUUCACGGGCACGGCAUGGUGCUGGAUCCGAUCGCACGUGCAUCUCGUUGGCGUUGCAAUCCGCUCGCCCUACCAAACUACACCGACAACGAGCUGUUCUGUGGCGGUUUUCAGGUACAGUGGGGAACGUACAACGGAAAGUGUGGAGUAUGCGGAGAUAGCUAUGGGGAUCCAACACCCCGUCGCCAUGAGCUCGGUGGCACGUACGGACAGGGAGACAUUGUGCGGCAGUACGUGCAGGGUAGCGUAAUUGAAGCAAGAGUCCGACUGACGGCAAACCACCGAGGAUACUUUUACUUCGAUCUGUGCAAUCUGGAUGGUGGUGCGGAGGAUGAAUCCUGCUUCAGCCGAUAUCCAUUGUACUUGGUGGAUGGCAGUCGGAACUGGAGUUUACCUUCCACGGCAACGGGAGAGUAUCGCGUCAGCUUAAAGCUACCCGAUUCGGUCACCUGUGCUCAUUGCAUCUUCCGCUGGACAUAUGUGGCAGGAAACAACUGGGGAUACUGUGAUGAUGGCACGGGCAAGCUUGGCUGUGGACCGCAGGAAACGUUCAAAACCUGUUCCGAUAUAAGGAUAGCUGCUCCGAAUGAUGUUAUUCCUAGCUUCGCUUACUGUACUAAAACGGUUUAA